GAUGCCAAAGACAACUCAGUUCGACAUACUCGCACAUUUUCUAUUGAUGGCAGUCGACCUGUGCUGAAAUUAAUUCCUGCAAUGAUUUUACUAACUGACGGGCAGACUCUGGUAAGUAUAGGGCUUGCAUAUAGGUAUACCGAAAACAGGCGUACUUUUGAGCCACAAACACUGGCUAUACGGGAUGGCGAAAACAGGUGUACUUCAUAUAGCCACAAACCUUGGCUAUAAGGUAUGUCGAAAACAGGCGUACUUUGUAGCCACAAACCGUGGCUGUAAGGUAUGCCGAAAACAGGCGUACUUUAUAUAGCCACAAACCCUGACUAUAAGAUAUACCGAAAACAGGCGUACUUUAUAUAGCCACAAACCCUGGCUAUAAGGUAUACCGAAAACAGACAUACUUUAUAGGUAUGCCGGAAACAUUGGUAUGCCGAAAGCAAGGUAUGUCGAAAACAGGCGUACUUUAUAUAGCCACAAACCCUGACUAUAAGAUAUAACGAAAACAGGCGUACUUUAUAUAGCCACAAACCCUGGCUAUAAGGUAUACCGAAAACAGGCAUACUUUAUUUAGCCACAAACCAUGGUUAUAAGGUAUGCCGAAAACAGGCGUACUUCAUAUAGCCAUAAAGCCUGGCUAUAAGGAUGCCGAAAACAGGCGUACUUCAUAUAGCCACGUACCCUGGCUAUAAGGUAUGCCGAAAACAGGCGUACUUUAUAGCCCCAAACUGUGGCUGGAAGGUAUACCGAAAACAGGCAUGCUGUGUAGCCACAACCCUUUCCAUAAAGUAUGCCGAGACAGGCCUACUUCAUAGCCAGAAACCCUGGUUGUAAGGUAUACCCGGCGUACUUUAUAGCCAUUUUUUCUGGGAACAUGUUUAAGGCUGAAAAUUUUCUGCAAAAGGUUACAAUACGUACAGUGUAGAGGAAAAUACCAAGAUUUAUCGUUUGUGACUAUCUUAUAGCGUCCUCGUUUGAAGCAAUAUGUAAGGCAUACAAGAUAAGCCAUGAAUAUUUUUGUUCCACUGUAAUUUAAGGAUCGAGUUAGUAGAUUAAUUAGGCAUUAAAUCAUUUCAAUAAUCAGGUAUUUAGGAGUUUAGAUAUUCAAUCAGUGUAAUUUUCAGAAUUAGCUAUAUCGAACAUAAAAAUACAUGUCUGUGAAAAUUUCUGCAAAAAUAUCCAAAAAGGAUCUACAUGCAUACAGGAGUGUUUUAUCAGCACUUUUAAAAAUAAACGCUGUCUAAACGUUGUCUUUAUGUAAAUUGACAGUCUUUUUAUCACAAAACCACCGACACAGUAGCGAUUUCCUUUGUCUUUUCCUUAUGAAUUAUUAAUGAGUUUUUAAUUUUUGUUAUAUUUUUAUUUUGUUGUCACGUUAUAAGCUGCAUAAACGCUCUCUUUGUUUUUCAGGGUCGUGUAUUAUACUUUGUUUCUUUCUUGUUCAUCGUGUGUGGACCGGCUUUCGUUAAAUACUUCCUCUUGGACAAAACAACAGGUUGAUAUAUCGUCAUUAAACGCUACCUAAACGACUGGCUCUCCUAUAGCAGUGCCACCACUAAGGGAGGGCGAGGGGGCAACCCCCUCCAAAAAAGUCAUGAUACUGAACGGAUAUGCCCUUUUGUACUUGGUUUGGGCAAUGGUAUACUAGUAUAUACUAUUAUAAAUACUAAUAGUUGCUCGAUUUACUAAAUAACAGCUCCAAAUUAUGUAAACCCAGUUAUCUAGCCGAGAGUAAAUGGAUACGCCUUCAUAGACUAAGAACUCGAAUCGAAGAUUGCCAACCUCCACAAAAAUAAAAUAUUUUUUGUAUUCAUCACAUGACAGUUCUACGUGCUCUCAUUAUUCCCAAUGGUCUGAAAGAACUCGCCAAAACCAAUGAUGUAUUUUACCCAUUGUUUUUACAUGGACUUUACACUGCUAUCGGUAUGUAAAAAAAAUAACUUUUUACUUCUGUUUUCUUUAUGGUUGUCCGUGCAAUCCCUCAUAAUUUUCAUAGACAACACAAAAAUGUCACUAAUGUUAUUUUUAUUACGAGGCAAUAUAUUAAGUUCUUUGUAGGUUUGCAUGGCGGUAAAACGUAUAAUAUUAUUGUUUGUGGAAACACCACGUAAAAAAAUAAUAAAUGCAGUUAAUAAAUUUACGUGGUGUUUCCACAAACAAUAAUAUUAUAGGCAAUAUAUUUUUUUCAAUGUUGGCGUAUUUGCGAUGAAAAGUGUUCGAAACCUGAAAUCUUUUUGGCGUUCCUCUCAAAAUUACUUCGUUUUAGCUUUAUUUCGUAGUUUACACAGUUAGCAACUUUUUUCCAAUCUAUCUGGCGGUUGAGAAACACAAAAUAGUUAAAUAUUGUCAAUUGAAAUACAAUUAUCAUUGAUGCUGUGAAAUUGACGCCAUAACUGCAAUACUAGAAAAGCUUUACUGAACUUCAGAUAUCAUUUUCUCUUUGGCGUACCAUCUAAAAUCUCUUCAUUUUAGCAUAGUUUUUCAGAUAAAGCUCCAAACAUGCUUUUUAAGUUUGUUUGCCGCUGGUGAAACAUGUCAAAAAUUUAAAAAUUUGAAUAUUGUCAUAACCAAGUCGAAAAGUAUAUUCAGUUUUGAGCGCGUGUUACGUAACAUACAAUUGUAACUGUUCUUUGGAAUUUGAAAAGAUAAUUUUAUUUUAUUUCUUCGUUAGGUCCUUGGCUAGUUGCUGAACUUACUACAGGUCAUAUUGGUGUGGUAUUUUUACACGGUCUAUAUCUGAAAGGAAAAUGGAUCCCUGAGCCCACGGUUUAUGCGUAUGGUUUAUUUCAGGUCAGUUAACAAGGAAGUACUUUAUGUAGCCGUACGUAAGUACAGUUGUUUCAUUGUGGUCAAAUAACUUAAUUGGCCGACAACAUACUGAUACCAAAAACAUGCACUUAAUUAUCUUGAAAUUGCUAAAGUAGUUUACGUUUUAGUUUCAUUUUAAGGUUUGGAAUAGAGUCGCAUAGUUUUAAAUCAGUGUGAAUAGCCUAUUAUUCCAGAGUGAGAGGUCUAUAAUAGACAGUUAUUUGACCAGCAGCAGUUUUAAAUAGAGGAACAUCCAAUUCGUUACCAUUUAUUGUAUUCCGGCAACUCACUUCAUCUCUGGUUUUGAACUGAGACGAUAGGCAGAUCGGUGCACAAUUGUUCAUACGUUUGAAAGCCAUGCAAUAGAGCAUUUCGAUAAUAUAGAUACGAUUUCACGUGCAGGAAACCAGCAUAGUUUCUUUAGAAUUGUGGUCGAGUUUUCUUGAAUUGCUUACUACUCUUGCUGCGAAAUUCUGAACUCUUUGAAAUCUGGAUAGAGGAAGUAUUUGACCAAAGAGAAGAACAGUAAUAUUGCUUGAUGAAAACUAAGGCAUUAUCACAGUUAUUAGUAGGUUUUUGCAUGCAGUAAACUUAUGCUUGGCUCGGUUUAUCUAACAUAGACAUGACUUGCAGGAUGAUACUGUAGAAAGGAUAUGAUUGUCAAAGGAGGGCAUUGAGUCAGACCUAACUAAUCCUAGAUCUUUGACUGUUUCAGCAGGUUUAAGUUCUUUACUAAGUUGUGAGAGUCUAAAUUCAUGCUAACAUUUGAUGGCUAAAUAAAGGUGCUUAAUAGAUGGCUAAAUAAAGGGGCUUAAAUAAGGGUUUACGAUACCAGAAUUUCUGAUGUUGAUAUUUACAAUUUCUGUUACAGAAUUUAUUAUUUCAAUUACCUUCAACUGUGUAUCUCGCGUCAUACUUGGGUCAGAAGAAAUCAGAAACUACUUCAUACAGUAAUGGCGUCUCAAAGUCUAACCAUGCUUUGAAAGACGAGCACAAAUGGGGAAUAUGCUGGCGUAUUUGCAUGAAUUUUAUGUUACUUAUUACGUUUAUACUGCAACUGUAUGGCAGCUUAUCGUUUUGGCAAGCCUAUGGGUUUAUGGCAUUCGUUUUCUCGCCAGUAAAAACGUGGUCGCUUUUCCUAUUGAUUUUCUUGGUAAGAAAAGUGAGGAAAAUCGUCGCAUCGUAACAACGAGAGAGGCAGACCACGCAAUAAACGUCUGCUCUCGAUUAUCUUUUUUGUGUUUUUGGACAAUCGAUUAUUCUUAAACGAUAAUCGAAUCAACAAAACAGCCGUGCAUAGCGUGAUCAGUGGACUCUAUAUAUAUCUGGAGCUUGAACUUUGUCAUUCGGCGUAUGAGAAAACUGAAGCCAAGAUGGCGGCCCGUUGACGCCCAAUAGCUCCGAAGGUCAUAAACAGUUUUUAUACCAUUUUACCCAGCUAAAUCCAGUUUUUUUCUAACGGACCCUAUCGCCAAUCAAGUUUUCAGUUCAUAAAAUCAUAAUAUUAGUCUUUGGAUCGUAGUCAAAAUACGAGAUUUCGGCAUACUCCUUGCCACGAUGGCGGGAUUUGAAGAGCUAUAGCAUGUCAGUUCCAGUCCUUUUCUAUUGUUUUUGUUUGCGCGGUUAACACGAAGCUGGCUUCACUUUUUGGACACGAGCUCUCGCUCCAGAUAUAUAUAUAUAUAUAUAUAUAUAUAUAUAUAUAUAUAUAUAUAUAUAUAUAUAUAUAUAUAUAUAUAUAUAUAUAUAUAUAUAUAUAUAUAAUAACUCAUUGAGCGUGAUACUUGCCAGGAAAGCUUACUCAGGGGUUGAAAUGACAGGUCGCCAAUUGCGAUCACAUUUUUCGUUUGGCGACCAGAUUUUUGCCAGAUUGUAGAAAAAUUAAAACGAUAAAGUAAUUCUAAAGCCUUAAAAUAUCUCAAGGAUUUCGUUUUGGUCUUGCAUAUAAUUAUACUUGCAAAUUUUGCUGCGAUUUAAGCCUGGUUCACACUGGUAGUACGAAUCGGGGAUUGCCAUUGUCUGUGGUUAUUGGUGUGUAAAAUACUUUGUCUGUCGGAAAAGAAUACAAUAGAUCACCGAUAAAUUACGACCAGUGUGAACCAGGCUUUAAGGUGCGAUUUUCUUCUUCCGAUUGAUGUGAUCGAGUGGAUGAGUUAUGAUUGUAUAGAUGAGGGUACAUAUACUUAGAACAUUCAUAACUCAUCUACUCGUUCACAUACAUCAGAAGGAGAAAAUCGCAUUUGAAAUCGCAGCAAAAUUUGCAAGUGUAAACGUGCCUUUAAAUAACUGAACAAGAAGAUUUCGUAACACAAAAUUCAAUUACCAAAAUAUGUGUAACUAUUUAUGCGUUGUUCUCAAACUCAAUCUCUAAUGAAAACAGAAAUAAAUUAAAUCACGACUGAGAGUACUGCGGAAUAAUUCGUUCUUCACGAAUUUACGAUUCUUCACGAUCUGAUAUUCAAUAUGGCGACCAGAUCUUACUCCCUGGUGAAUGAACACUUGGGCGACUAUUUUUUUUUUACUUUCAACCCUUGAGCUUGCUUUCCUGCAUGGUUGAAAAAAUUACCAUGUUUUUUUUUAAAUUUCUGCUACCACUACACUCUCAUUGGAUAUCAGACAAAAAUUUGAACACAUGUUUCUUCUUGGAAGCGAAAUUACAAACUGUGGACGUAUCCAGAUUUAUUCAAUACGAUUAAUGGUUUUAAUCAAUAGGGCAAUUGCUAGACAGUAUACUUCAAAAUAAGGUUUCCAUUUUUAUAUCAAUUUUUAAAAUAAUUAAAAUAAGUUAAGGUUAGGUUAGGGUUUAGGUUAGGGUUAGGUUGGGGUUGGGGUGAGGGUUAGUAUUAGUUUUUUCUACGUUAUAAAAACGGAAACCUUAUUUUGAAGUAUACUAUCUAGCGAUCACCUAAUCAAUAGAGCGUUCGCACAUGACAUCAUAGCCGCCAUGUUGGUGUUCCAAUUCAAAAAUGAACAAAAGCCAUCGUGGCCAUGUUGGUGUUCCAGACAUAUGAGUCUAAUUAAAAUUCUUUUGAAUUGGAACAUCAACAUGGCGGCCGUGACGUCAUGUGCAAACGCUCUACUGUUGGUAACGAUUAAUCGAUUACGAUAUUGAACCGAUGGGAGCAGAUCAACCUAUGGGGUGUAUAACUGCACACUUCGAAAAUGUCCGCUAAACUGUAAAUUGCGCAAAAUUUGUGAACACUUUAUGCAACCGUGGAUAUGGUUUGGGGUCUGCUACUAUCUUUACGACUAAAAUUACUUUGAAAAGUGCAUUUUCGAGUGCACGAGGGUUGUUUUAAAAAACCACUUUAAAUAUGGCUCAUAAAUAUCUUCACAAGUCCAAGGUCAUGUUUCCGAAAUUUAGAAGCAUUACUGUGAUUGGUUGUUUUCAGGAAAGGAAUGUUGUGCUCGAGUGAGUCGCUCGUGGGGAGAAACCUCGGCACAAAGACUGGCUGCGAGGUAGACUAAAAAAUGGAAAGCUUACAACGCAAAUUUGAAUUCAUAGCGUGAAAAUUUGGGAGGUGGUUUAUGAAAUAUCAAAGUGCCAUGCAGUCAGCCUGAUGCACAAUAAGUUGAACUUUUUGCCGUAUUAACCGUUCACGCAUAAUUUAUUAAAGGCAUGAUUGAUUUUAUGCAUGAUGGAUUUCUUACAUACUCUUUGCGAAACGUUUAAUCAUUGCGUGAAAGGCCACUAUGGCAAAAGUGUCCAAGUUUUAGAGGUCGCUCGUUGGACGUGAUAUGUACAUCAAAUUGUCUGGUACUUUGAUAGUUCAUAAAACACCUUCAAAAUGUUCACCCUAGGAAUUAAGUGUUUUGAAUAGCUUCAAACAAAACUACAACAGAUGCCGUCUUAUUACUAUUCUUUAUAAAAACGUUCAUCCUAUAAUUAGUAUUCUUUAUAUAAAGAAUACUAAUUAGGAGUGUUUUAUCAGGUUUUAAAGCCACUGCACGUGACAUAUUGUGGUUGACAUGAUUUGCCAAUAAGUUUAUGAAUUAUUAAUGAGUGUUUGAAGUGUUUUUAAAACAACCCUCGUGCAUUUGAAAAUAAUUUUAGUGGUAUAAAGAUACUAGCAGAUCACAAACUACCCAUGCGUGCAUAAAGUUUUCACAAAAUCAAUUUUGCGAAUAUCAUUCCAACUGUGAAUUUUCUUUGUACAUCCUGUAUUCUUCACUUGCAAUGAUGUGGGCGAUGGCCAUGUUGGUCCCUUUUCAACAUCACACAAGCAUCUUAUUCACCUGAGUAAUUACACCAGCACAGCAGAUUUCAAAGGAAUCUCAUUAACAUAUUUUGAAUUUGGCACCAACAUGGCCACCGUGCCAUUGUCUUCUCAUCUCAAGGGAUUGAUUGCAAGUCAAGAAUAUGACAUGCUAUGAUCAAGUGUGCAUUUUGUGCAUGUAUUGUUUUUACUGCAAUUUUAAGUACUGGACUGCAAUUUUAAGUAUUUAUUAUAUUUACUAUUAUAAAUUAACUCCUGAGAUAUGGUUGGUAACUAUUCUUUAAAAAUUCAAUUGUGUUUCAGAUAGUAUAUUGGAUUCAAAUUAUAGGUGAAUAAAUUGGAAAAAUAAAAUUUAAAAUAUUUGGG